AUGGCCAUAGACCACAGACUACUGUAUGUUUGGCCCAACAUCACUGAGAAUGAUGUUGAGGUAGUAAGACAUAUUGCAGAAGCACUGGAAAAUGAGAACUUGACCUCAGCUGCAGGCAAGAUUCAAAAGUAUUUGGAGGAGUUGAGCUAUGUGCAGCUGAAUAUUAAGUCACAGGGGAGUCUGGCUCUGGUAAAUCCACCUUUAUCAAUGUAAUCAGAGGCCUGAGGGAUGAAGAAGGGUCUGCUGACACUGGUGCAACUCAGACCACUGAAAGCAACACCUUACCCACACCCACAAUAUCCAAAUGUCAAAAUGUGGGAUCUCCCUGGUGUAGGCACUAGACAUUUCAAACCAGAGGAUUACCUUCAACAAGUUGGAUUUGAGCGCUAUGACUUUUUUCAUCAUUUCAUCAGAGCGUUUCAGAGUCAAUUAUGUUACGCUGGCAAAGGAGAUCCAGAGAAUGAAGAAGUUGUUCUACUUUGUGCGCUCUAAGAUCGAUGCAGAAAGAAAAAGGAAGAAGAAUUUCAACCAGGAUGAGACAAUUGAAAAAGUAGAGUAUACACCGCAACUAUCCAGUGUAUGCGACAAUAAAACAUAUUUUUUUUAAUGUACAAGAGAAACGGUCAUUUCAUAUUGCAAAGCCACAUUCUGGAGUCUGUAUAGCCAAUUCACUUAUUAUUAUAUUUUUUAUCAUGUUCAUUAUCUCCAGCACCAUACCAAUGUCUGCCUAUAUGAAAACCGUGAAACACAGUUCCAAAACAUUUUUGGGGUGGGGGCAAUUUUCCCAUGACCUUUUCUUUGUAUCUUUUGGACUACAGUACGUAGAAAACUGCUGUUUUUACAUACAGUACACUGAGUAUUUAGUUGCACCCCCCUUUGCCCUCAGAACAGCCUCACUUCGUCGGGCAUGGACUACAAAGUUUCGACAGCGUUCCACAGAUAUGCUGGCCCAUGUUGACUCCAAUACUUCCCACAGUUGUUUCAAGUUGGCUGGAUGUCCUUUGGGUGGUGGACCAUUCUUGAUACACACAGGAAACUGUUGAGUGUGAAAAACCCAGCAGCGUUGCAGUUCAUGACACACUCAAACCGGUGCACCUGGCACCUACUACCAUACCCCGUUCAAAGACACUUAAAUCUUUUGUCUUGCCCAUUCACCCUUUGGAUGGCACACAUACACAAUCCAAGUCUCAAUUGUCUCAAGGCUUAAAAGUCCUUCUUGAAACCUGUCUCCUCCCCUUCAUCUACACUGAUUAAAGUGGAUUUAACAGGUAACAUCAAUAACGGAUCAUAGCUUUCACGUAGAUUCACCUGGUCAGUCCAUGUCAGGGAAAGAGCAGAUGUUCCUAAUGUUUUGUACACUCAGUGUAUGUAGACACUGGUAUGGUGCUGGUGUAGAAUAAAGCCUAAUGUUAAAAAGUGGCUUUUUAAAGCCCCCCCCCAAAAAAAAAAAUUUUUUAGGGAAACUCACCCUAUCAGACAAUUGUCGCAUCUUUUUACUAUGCAAACUUUCUAAAUGUCGACAACAGAAAAAUCACUGGGCAAGUUAAUGGAAACAUAGUUACUGUUGUGGUUGUACUUGUCUUGAUUUUAUUUACUUUGCUCUUCUUAGGACUUUGAGUAUCAUGGUGUGGAGUCUCCUCAGGUCUUCCCCAUCUCCAGUUGAGUUACCUCUCUAUGAUUACCCCAUACUGGAGGAGACUAUGGAGAAGGAACUUCCUGAUCACAAGAGGUGUGUCCUGCUGUUAGCCUGAAAAUCAACCAGAGGAAGAAAGAGCCUCUCCAAGCCAACAUAUGGAGAUCAGCUCUUGUAUCUGGCAGCAAUACCAAUUCCAGGUCUUUCCUUUAGUGUAGAUAUAACCAUCUUGGUAAGGGAGAUCAUUAUGUACUACCAGGCUUUUGGUCUUGAUAAUGAGUCUCUGCAGAGCCUUGCUGGUAGAACAAAUGUGCCAGUGGAGGAGCUGAAAGCAGUCCUCAAGUCCCCUCUGAACAAGGAGAUAAGCCAAGACGCAUCAAAAUUCUGGACCAUGGCAGCUGGGUCAACAUUGAUGGUGGUUGAAUACUUAUUGAGUACCAUUCCAGUCUUGGGCUCCGUUGCUGCAGGAGGCAUUUCAUAUGGCACCACCUACUACAUGCUGAAGAGCUGUCUGAAUGAGCUGUCUGAAGAUGCACAAAAUGUACUGAAGGCCGAUGAGUGA